CCCUCCAGCGACGCCCCCAUGGCUGCGUCGCUCCGGGCGGCGCUGGAGGAGCAGCUGAGGGCCCUGGGCAUUUCCGGCGUCAGCGUGGAGCACCCCGAGGUAUUUACUGUUGAAGAGAUGAUGCCCCACGUCAAACACCUGAAAGGAGCCCACAGUAAAAACCUCUUUCUGAAAGAUAAAAAGAAGAAGGGAUUUUGGCUGGUCACAGUUCUCCACGACAGGCAAGUUCAUUUAAACGACCUUGCCAAGAAGCUGGGGGUUGGGGGGGGGAAUCUGCGGUUUGCCGACGAGGCUGCCAUGCUGGAGAAGCUCCAGGUUGGGCAUGGCUGUGCCACGCCCCUGGCCCUCUUCCGCGACCACGGAGACGUGAAAUUUGUCCUGGAUUCGGCCUUCGUGGAAGGGGGCCACGAAAAGGUCUACUUCCACCCAAUGACAAAUUCUGCCACUAUGGGUCUGGACCCUGAAGACUUUCUCAAAUUUGUGAGGAAGACGGGACACGAUCCCAUAAUACUGAACUUUGACGAAGGCAAUUGAUUCCUUCAAGUUGUAAACACCAUGUUGGACUUACACUUUGGGAACUGUCAGUUUUCCUUAAACGGAAUUCUCAUUUUACCAAUGGUAUCACUUUCCCUUUUGGAAAAAUGAGUUAGUUUUAGGAUAAUCUGUCUUUCCUAAAUCAAUCAAUUGUAUGUACUGAAUGUUACGUGCAGAGCAUUGUUCUGAGCGCUUAGUACCGUAAGCACUCAAUAAUUACGAUUAAUUCGAAGCACUUGGGCGAGUACAGUACUAACAUGAUCCUUUUUUUAGUGCUUCAAGCCAAGAGUAAUAGGGAAAAUAUAUUUUUAGUUUAUAAAAGCACUCAUUUUUCUAUUCUGAGUCAUUAUCUGCAGUUUCCCUUCUGCAUUUACUACCGUUUAUAAUUUACGCGUGCAUUUGUGCUCAUGUACUUCGGAUUGCAAUUAAAUGGGAGAAACUAUUGUAAAGUGUUGCCUUAGCCUUGCUUUAAAAAUACACUUGCAGCAAAUUCAGUACACCUUGUGGGACUGUCAAGAGUAGAGCGAUUUCUUAGAUGUCCAUUUCAUUGGGAAAACAAUACACAGGCAUUCAGGUUUUCCAUUAGAAGAAAUUUCUCAGGACACUUGGAACCCUAAAGAUCUUAUUAACUCAUAGUUCUACUAUCCCCCCUGUCGAUUUUCAGUAAUAAUAAUGGUAUUUGUU